CUUCCUUUCAGUCCCAUGUAAUCCCUUUGCAGCCUUGCUAUGUAAUUGCCAAAGAUGCUUUGUAAUUGCCCGUACGGACAUGCAAGAAUCAAUUUGUCUGGGGGAAUUUGAAAAAUUGUACUCCGUAACACCCGGGUCGUCGACUCGUCGUACAUGACCAACCUCUGCAUCAAAGCUCCAAGUUAAGAGGAUACUUCGCCAUUGCUUAAACUCGGUAGCAAUGUCAUCAGGCAAGGCGCCGCUAGGGCGUACUCCGUCUCAGAGACUUCCAGCACCCUCAUUGUUCGUUGGCCCUCCAUCGAGAAAUGCAUCAGCGACGUCCCUUUUGUCACCACAAGUCACAGCAUCUGGACGCGUUCCCUUAAUACGGCAGAGGUCCCAUACUGCUACGAGAAAGGGUGCACCUGGAGGAGGGGAAGCUGAAGCCGGCCCGAGUACUUUGCAAAAAGCUUACCCGAGAAGACAAGAUCCGGAAGCGCAUCUUGAGCAGCGGCGAAAUGAGCGCACCGAUGCAGCGUGGGCAGAACUGCAGAAUACGCUGGAAGAGGUGGAACUGUGUGCUAUGAAUGAAACGCACAUCUUCGGUCCGAACCACGCCAAAGCCUUGGAUGACUUGAGGACCGCACAGUUGGCCUUGGCGCAAGCAUGGGCGAAAGGGGAGAUCGAAGAUGAGAGCGAGGCUACGACGAAAGACACCUCGGGGAAUGUUCCGGAAUGUUCCAAUGCCCUUGACCAAGAGGCGGAUCGCAAAGGAGCAGGUCCUUCCCAGGAGAAAGACGCCGGGAGAAACAGGAGUAGUUCACUGGAGGAAGAAACCGAAAAUGACAUCCUCCUUGCGCGGAAGAGACGAGAAGCGAAUGACCGCCACUUCAAGAAGGUCAAUACUGGUGUCUUGGAUGUCGUGGCUAAGCUCGGGGAGGUUUCAAAGGCAAUGAAGGAGGUUGAGAUCGAGAGUCGCGAGAUCUGGGGGGAAGGAGAGAGUCUCGACAUGAAUUCAGUGAACGCUAGUGAGAGAGAGGCCUACCGCAAACCAUCCUGAGGGAUCAUCAACCAGAUUGGAGCGACUGCACUACAUAUUCGAUGUGGCAGAUGUUCCGGACACGACUAUUGGUGCUACGAUCGCACGUGUCACAUCAUCGG